AUGCUUGCCGUCUUUACUACAGAAUCUCUCAUCUGCCUCGAUCACCCUGCGCUGAAACGGCCACCGUCCACUGCUCCAUCAACUUCUUCAUUGCUCUCAGAACCAGUCUGUUGCACUUGGGCGCCAGAUAACAGUUCAGUCUUUCUCGCAACGUCCACAGAUAUCCAGCAAUACAAUGCUGCUGGAACAUUCACCAGAUCCGUCCACGUAUGCAAAUCUGGACAGAUUACUGCCCUGGCCAGCAAGGACAAAGGCAACACCGUCAUCUUCAGCACUGCGCAGCAAGUCCACAGCCUCGAGGUGCACUCGGACAAGAUUGUACAGACGUUCGACACCCACAAGGCGCUGGUGACGGCCCUCGCGCUGUCCAACGAUGGUUCCCUGCUUGCAACCACGUCCGCGGCUGCAGCACACGUCCACAACCUCACGCACGGUGCACACACCGUGCUUCGCGGGCUGUCCGCGGGCACGGGCGCCAUCGCUGCUUGCGCCUUUCAUCCCCACUCGCGUACACGGCUGUUGCUCGGUGCGGGAACAGUUCUGCUCGCGUACGACACCACACGCCCCUCGGGGCCAAUCAAGACCGUUCUUCUCACCAAGGAGAAGGGUUGUUCUGGCGAUAUCAUCGCGAUCGCGAGCAGCCCGUUCAGUAAGACCCUUGUGGCUGUAGCGAGCAGCGGUGGGACGAUAGGCUUGGUAGAUCUGGACAAGGAGAAGGGCCUCUUCCGUGUUUUGUCAGUGCGCGUCCCGCUCACUUCACUUGUAUUCUCUCCGGAAGGGGCUACGAUCUUUGCAGGCACGGAGAACGGCAAGGUGCUUGUACAAGAGUUGCGCUCGCUCGACAAGUCGCCAAAGUCCAUUUCGGUGAGCGACAGUGGCGCCCGCGUCGUGGCCAUGUGCAUUCAGAAGAAGAUCAAGGGCGAAGAGGCACCCCAGAAAGCGACCACCGCCAAACCUCUCGUCCAGCAAGAUACGAACAAAAAUACCACGCGCCGUCCCUCGGACGGUACACUUGUCAACGGGGACAAGAAGGCUGCCCAAACUACCAAUCCCCCAGCAGCAACCUCUCCGGCCCUCACGCGUACUGCUGCAGGCCAACGGACUCCCGCGAAGACCAGAGCAGCUUCCGGUGGGACUCCUCGCCCAGCGCGCACACGAGUCUCAUCGACUUCUGCCGCUGCUGCGUCUCCAAGCAGGGUGUCCGCACAUAGAGUCGGCUCGGUGAAGUCACCUGCGAGGAAGGUCAGCGGAGGAAUCACGAAACGAGUGUUUUCCCCGCCCAAGUCCAAGCUUAUGCGUACGGCAGUUACGCCUAAGCUCGCCCCUGCUGCUAUGCCGAACACCGAGGACAAGGACGAUAUGGACGAGCUGCAUAUGUCCGUGCGCAUAGAUGACCUACUUGCCCUGCCUAAACCCACCAAGGCUAAAGAGAAUGUGAACCCUGCCGAGAGUGUGCCAUCGUCGACAGUACCAUCGGCCAUGUCUGCGCGCACAACCACGGAGGGUGACACAGCACGCCCCCGCACUCGCACUCGCACAACGUCCAGCUCGCGGUCCUCUGCCUCUGCCUCAGGAACAAGUAGCAGUGGGCCGUCUGCCGCAUUCAGAGGCAGCGCGGACGUGCGCGCGAAAAAAGUCGCCAAUGGUAGUACAAAGUCACGUACAAGGUCUGUUUCGCGCCCCAAGUCACCAACUCUGCCUGCCCCCAGCAAGGCGAGCACACGGUCGCGUACACCGAGCCCCAAGCUCCCCGCUUUCGACUCGGGAGCGUCCGCGAGGCCUAUUCCUCUUGCAAAGGCGAAGGGGAAAGGAAAGGAGCUCAUGGGCGGGAUGGGUGUGCUAGGGCUAGGUACGCCCGAGGUCGAGCGCUGGGUCCGCGCGGGGGAUGUAGAGGCGGCCGGCGAGCGGGAGGGCAAGCACGUCGGCUUCGCGUCUGAGGGAGGCAACCACGAGUCCGGUGAUGAGUACAUAUUCCCGGACGACGAGCACGUGGACUACCUGGACGCGCGAGAGGGCGCACAGCCCGAGCUGGCCAUGCAGGUCUCUCCUCGCCGACCAGCGUCGGCCUGGGCGCCCGUCGUUUCCCCCCUCCGGCUUGCGGGUUCACCACGCGCUGGUCAGAACACAGCGCAAGACCUGCUUCAGACGCUUCUUCGCGACGCGAUGUAUGACUUUCGGCAGGAGACACGCUCAGAGAUGGUCGGACUUCACCUGGACCUCGUGCGCAUGGGCCGCGGGUGGCGGCGAGAGAUGCGUGAAGCGAUGGCAGAGUUUGGUGGGGAGAUCCGCGCGCUGAGGGAAGAGAAUACGCGGUUGAGGGAGGAGAACGAGCGGCUGAGGAGAGGGUAUUAG